CUCUAAUUAAUAGCACAUACUAAUGGGCUAACUCAACAACACACAAAAUAACAAUCUAAAUAACUAAGUAACACUUCAGUUUAUAACAGCAACAUAAACUAUAACAAACCAAAUUUCACUGAGAUUGGAGUAUGUUUAGGGUGUUCUCGACAAAAUUGAAAUUCCGUCUUAAUGACCAUAACAGCAUGUAACUAAUAAUUAUACAAGACCAUUAGUAAAUGGUGAAUUAGGUUAAAAAUAAGAACACAGAACAGUGUUGUUAGUCUUAAAAUGUUAAAAUUACAAUGCUACUGAUGAGAACUGAUCUUUGAAAAAUUGCGAUCUGAUCUAGACCAUGAUGACAGUUUGACAUAUCAACAUAUAAGUUUGUGCAGACGUAAAAGCAGAAUGUUAAAAAGUGUAUAUACUGUACUGUAAAGAAAGUGAACUUAGACCAAAAUUGAGAUCUGAUCUACAUAUUUAUGACAAUCCGACAUUCUUCUUCAUUUUUCUGGUGUGUUUCAUUCUUUCGCCCUUGGUUCUUCUUCAAGGCCUCCCAUUUUCCUACAAGGUCUUUGAACUUCUUCACAGCGUGCUGAAAAGGCCUUAUGGGAAUGCAGAAUUGCUACGGGAGUAAACAAGACCUCGCCAAGUGUGUGAGGGUGUGUGUGGCUUAAAUAGUCCAGAUAAUGUGCUGCAGCAGUAUGUGGCAAUUGGUGAUUGGUGGAGAGAGUGCAGGUGAUUGCCAGGGAGGAUUGUGGGAAAUGUAGUCCGGGAAUGACAGGGAUACGUGACAGCAGGUCUUAAAAUUAGGAAAAUAAAACCUCAGAUGAGCAGUAACACAUGACAUAUCAUACCAUGUCAUUAAUUAUUUAGCAAAAAUAAAGCCAAGAUGGAAAAGCCAUGCGUGACAAACUUAGGACACCCUAUGAUUCAUUUGCUUGUAGAUCCACUUUUAGUAGCAACAACUUGAAGUAAUCAUUUUCUGCAUGACUUUAUCAGUUUCUCACAUCAUUCUGGAGGAAUUUUGGCCCACUCUUCUUUACAACAUUGUUUCAUUUUAUUGAGGUUUGUGGGCAUUUAUUUAUGCACAGCUCUCGCCACAGCAUUUCAGUCGGGUUGAGGUCUGGAUUUCGACUGAGCCAUUGCAACACCUUGAUUCUUUUCUUUUUCAGCCAUUCUGUUGUAGAUUUGCUUGUGAUCUUUGGAUCAUUGUCCAGUUGCAUGUUCCAGUUCAAUCUCUCAUUUUAAUACAGUUGUCACUCUCAAAACUUUGAAGUGUGUACUUUGCAGAAUGAAAAAUAAACCUUUAUUCAAAUUAUGAAUGGGCUAUAUACAGAAAGCAAGCAAAGAGCGAUGCCUUUAUAAUCAAUGAAGCUGAUAUCACUUCAGUUCAGCUGCAGCGCAAGCUCACCGACUAAGUGAAAAAAAUUUGUCUUUGCUGCACAAUGAACCUUUUAUUUACUUGUCAUUAUACUUUAUUGGUUAUGAAUAAGAGACUGGUCGUUGCAUUCACGUGCUCAACAAAUAUGUUGGCUACAAUGCUGCUAAAACACGUUGUAAACAAUCCAUUUGAGGGUCUUCACAGCACGCUCACACAAAAAUGCAUGUGAGCAUUUGAAAGCAGCGCCUAUCAGCAGGUACCGGAUUGACCCAAUAUUCAAUACUACCGGUACUGCAGAAAGACUGGUACCGUAAUGUUUUUAAAGGAACCCCGGGUAUCAAGACUUGUAUGGCUUAAUAUAACGUAAAUGAUGCCUCUUACUGAAAUAUGUAGUAGAAAACCCAUGAAAGAUUUACGUUAUUUAAAAAAUCCAUGACAUAUUUUGGACAAUGGGGGGGGCGCCAUUUUGUUUAGGUGCACAGUGCAUUCUAUGUCGAUGACGUCAAAUGGUUGCACUCGGUGAGCUACUGACGCUGCCCUGUUGCUAUUUUUACCGCAACACAACUCGGAAUAUAAUACACAAUGUCACAUUGUGAGGCUUUUGGUUGUCAUUUUCAGUCGAAGGGCAACAAGAGAAGCGAUGUAAGUCUUCACUGCUCUACUAGCGAUAAGAGGAGACAAGAAUGGGAAGUUGUGAAGAAUGUGGACAUAAAAAUUAAAAUUUAAGUAUCAACUUUCUUUUGACAACCCUACACAGUAAAAUCGGCAGUGUUAAUUAGGCAGUGUUACUCUACAUUUACUCUUAAGGAGUUAACUUAACAACAAAUAGUGAAAGAUACCCUCUAGUGUUGGUGAAAAUUAUCAGUGUUAAUUCUGCCUCGUUAACUUUACUCUGUUAAGCUCCGCCCCUCAAGCUAACGUCAAGGAUUUGAACAGAAGUUUCUCGUCGUCGUUGUAACCGCCAUUUUCUUUCACCUCGCACCAAAAGGUAAGCUCUUUUAAGUAACGUAUUAAAACAUCACUUUUGAAUAAAUGUGCUAAUAUUACAGCAUAGGUUGUAAUUUGAUGAACUGUGUAAUUUGGUAGGUUCAAACUCCGAAUAGAACUUGCAACUUCGCAGUAUGGUGGAGAAUUUUAUUUUCGUCAGAGUGUGGUAAUGAUAAAUCUUAAAUUAUGUCAAUGAUCGUAUUUAAUUUGUAUUUCUGUUGUAGUUAGCUUUAUUUUCUGUUAAUUUGUAUAUUGUUAUUUAUAAACGUCGAAUUAUCCAGCGUCACAGUGGAGCAUUAACAGUUAGCUGCUAAGUUUUUCAUUAACGUUAGACAGUAGAAAUUGCAAUGUUCGUAUUCAAAGACUUACUUAAAAGUGAUGACUAUGCAAACCAUUGCAACAAUUUCAGUACCUAACCUUUUUCUACUGCCAUGUGUGUAAAACUAGGUCACCUAACGUAAGGCCUACAGAACAUGCUGGUUAAGGUGAAACUUGGGGAUGCCCAGAAAUUUGUUAAAAUAACCGAGCUGAGCCGGAAGGAGUUUUUGUCUGCUGCUUUUUUAAAGUUCGGUGUCCCAACUGUACCCGAGAAUGUGAUGGUUGUUGAUGAAUCAGGGACGGAGGUGGAUGAUGAUGUUUUUGAGGAUGUAGUUAAAGAUCCAUCAGUUGGCGUUCUCACCAUAAAACAUGGUGCAGGUUUGUAUUUAUUACAUUACUUGCUAGAAAUUUUCUUAGUGCUUAUUUUUUAGUAUUGUGAAGAUUUUUUUCCACCCUUUAUGGAACUAGACUUGGAAUCUGCCUCUCCACAUGCCUCCCCACAAGCCUCUCCUGUGCAGUUAAAUCGGUCUUCAUCUGUUGACUCCACUGAUUCACAGGACACGGUGAUUAUUGAAGAAAGCUCUUCAAGUAAAAGAAUGAGGCUAGAUCAUGAAGCUAAAAAGGUGAGCAUCAAAUUGUUGUUAUUUAUUGGGGGAAAAAAAGAUAUAAUUCAUCAAUCUUAAAAAAAAAAAACAUAUUUAAACAAAAAUUAAGGUAAUUCUUUGUUCUUAAAAUGCCAUAUUCAUGCUUUGUUUUGUUUGUUAGUUAUUUCUUUCUUUUUUUUUUUUUUUUAAUUAUGAAGUUGGUGGAAUCCAUUCUUGUCCAGAAACCUGGUGGGGAGCGUGUAAUAAAUGAAUACAACCGAACUAAAACUUUGGGGGAUGAAACGAGAAGGAAAAUGGUGAACAUCCUGGCAGCUGACAUUACAGAAAAGAAUGGGUAAUCUGCAUAUAAUUAACUGGUGUAUAUAUGAUCUCUCACUGUAGUUCUAUCAUCUUUUGCUUUUUGAACCUGGGCUAAAGAUGGGUGGUUUUUUUUUUUUUUUUUUUUUUUUAAAUAAUUAUACAGUACAUCACCACCACGGCAGGUUAAAGAAAAAUACGCCAGAGGAAUUGUGGCUUUGUUCCCUUACCUCAGUGACCCCUUCUCUAAAAAUGGCUAUGUAAGUAUCACACUAUUUUUGAAUUUUAUUUCUAUGUUGACAUGUCUUAAAUGUUGAUCACACACCCAUAAUACAGGUGGUGAAUUUUGCUAUUGAUUUAACACUUUUUUUUUUUUUUUUUUCCCUGUAUUUUUGUUAUUCAAGGAGCAUUACUAUGACGGUGAGAGUGGCACUGGGUACUUGGCAUGGAGAAUCAAAACUAUACAGAGAGGCUUGGCUAAAGAACGACGAGCAUCAUUUGAAGGACAAGAAUCAUCUUCUGAGGGGAUGUCUGGUGGACCAACUGUAAGACGGGAGUCAGAGUUUACUCCAGAGAUUGUCUUGAGUGAAGAUGAAUGCAAGGAAGCAAUUGCAUUCAUGAAACAUUCUGCUGAUGAGGACACAGUCAAGAAGAAGAUGAAAUUGACAUUUGACUAUCGCCGCAAAUUGGUUCUGGACCCUAUGCAGUCAAGCGAUAUAUUGACAGUCUUUCCACGUUUCAAAGACGUUAAAGGCUUGAUUGAGCAAGACUUUGUUCUGAUGUUUGGAGAAGGAGUGUCAGGCAAGCUACUGGAGAAGUGGACGACUGCAUUCAAGAAAAAAGUGAUUCAGCAGUCCAGAAAGCUUCCAACCACCAGUGAUGUAGAAGAACUCCUGCUAGCAGCUCAAUUUCCUGAUGACUCAGAAGAGGGUGUUAAUUUUGUUUGGGACUCUGACUUCUCUUCUAUACUACUGCUGUUGCAUCUGAUCCCACCUUCUGCCCAAGGCCGAAAGAGACCAGGAAAGGUGUCUGCCUCUCAAGCAGAGAAACAUCUUGUUGUCUUUAAGAAGAGUGGAACAAACAUUGAGGAGCAUCUUCGAGACAUCACUGCUAGUGCUCAGCCCUAUCUCCUGGCCGUGGGACCUCAGAAGAAUUCAGUUCACCAGUUCUUCAUCGUUCUUGAUCAGCAUGCCAUUCCAUGCAAGUCAACUUCUUCUCUUGGUGCCUUUGACGAACUGUUUAAGGCACACUUUGUGUUUGGCACAUCUUACAAUACUAUGCUACACAACAUGUACACUUUCAUUCAGACCACUGUGUACAACAUAGAUGUUGGCAAAGUGAAAGAGAGUCCUCGUGUUGCUGAGGUCAGAGCAAGGCUGCUUAGCUAGGUCCCUUAAGAUUUUCUGUCCUCAUGAAGUGUUUUGUUUGUCAGGCUGAGUUAAAUGGUUCAAAAAUACUUCUUAGGCACUUCAGAUUAGUUCAUGGUUUAGUUCCUGGAAAGAAUCUUCACCUUAAGUGCAUAGAGUCAGGUUGUGGUUCUGUGUUUGGUACUUUUUCAGGUUUUCGGAAACAUCUGCACACAAAACAUGCUGAUCAAAAUGUCAGUGAGCAGAAUUUUGACACCAUUUAUAGCCAGGAGACUGCCAAGGCAGAUGGACAAAGUAAUGCUGAAAUACUUGAUCAGAUUGGCAGUGCCGGAGAGGUGGCCACAACAUCUGAAUUGUUAAAGUCAAAUAAGAGCACUUUCGAUAUGUGUGCAUCUGCUGUUGCACAACUAAAAGUUGCUGGUUUAAGUCAGUCUGCUAUAAGUGGUUUUGUUUCAUCUAUGGAAGAAAUGGUUUUUGAGAUUCAUAGUCAGGCCCAGGAUGCAGCUUUGCUCUGUCUGUCUCCACAGGACACUGCUACUAAAAGAAAGAUAGAAAAUUCAUUUCAAAACUUGGAAAAUCCAUUUACUAUGUUAAAUUCUGAAGCCAAACGAAAGAGACUCUUUACGGAAAAAUGGGGAAUUGUUGAACCAAGCGAAAUAGUGCUUGGCACAAGAUUUGACAGCAGGAGAAAUAAAACCACAGGUUUGUUUGAUCAAGUUGUUGUAACUGAUAAAUUUGCUUAUAUUCCCAUUUUAGAAACACUAAAGGCAAUUUUACAAAAUCCGCUACUUACUGAUUUGUUUAAACCCAGGCAUGUUCCAAAGGAAGGCAUUUAUGUUGACUUAAGUGAUGCGGCAUAUUUUAAAAGUAAUCCCCUAUUUUAUACAGAAAAUGAUGCCUUACAAAUUCAGUUAUUUUAUGACGAUUUUGAGACCGCUAAUCCUUUGGGAUCCAAAAAAGGUAUACACAAAUUAGGUGCAAUCUAUUUUACAUUAAGGAAUUUCCCCCCAGUUUUUAACUCCUCAUUGGUGAAUAUUCAUUUAUGUGCCCUCUUUCAUGCACAGGAUAUUAGGCGCUAUGGUUUUAAUUCUAUACUUGAGCCUCUAGUAAAUGAUUUGAAAGUACUUGAGAUUGAAGGGGUUAAGAAUCCAGUGUCUGGAAGUUGUAUUAGGGGUACAGUUAUUCAAGUCACUGGGGAUAAUCUUGGCUUGCACAGCUUGUUUGGGUUUCUUGAGUCAUUUGGGGCUCGAUAUAGCUGUCGUUUCUGUCUUCUUGAGAAACAUCAUUUUCAGUCGGUGUUCUGUGAAGACAGCCCUGAGGUUGUAUUAAGAACAGCUGAGAUGCAUGCUUUGCACUGUGAAACUUUAAAAACUGAUUGUACACUACCUCAUGUUUAUGGUGUCAAACGUACAUGUUUGUUGAAUUCACUCAAGUAUUUCAACACAGCCAACAAUUUCGCUGUGGAUAUAAUGCACGACAUUCUAGAAGGAGUUGCUCAGCUAGAGGUAAAACUUGUUCUGCAGUACAUUCAGCAUAAUUUUCUGAGCACUGAUGAUCUUGCUGGUAGGGUACAUGCUUUUGACUAUGGUUACAAUCAGCAGAGGAACCGUCCUCCAAUGGUCAAAUUGUUUGAUGGAAGCAACGAUUUGGGUUUAAAUGCCAUCCAAUCUUGGUGCUUGUUGCGCAACAUGCCCCUAUUAUUUGGUGAUUUAGUGCAAAGAGAUGAUAAACACUGGCAUCUUCUGAUUUUACUUUUGCAAAUUGUUAAUAUCGUAUUUUCACCAGUCUUAACAGAGGGCAUGACCAUUUAUCUUAAACAUUUAAUAAUUGAACAUCACCAGCUAUUCAAAAACUUGUUUCCUGAAAGAAGUCUUUUGCCAAAGCAUCAUAUAAUGAUCCAUUACCCACAGUGUAUAAGAAAAAUUGGACCAAUUCUGCACGUGGUGUAUGCGUUAUGAAGCUAAACAUAAAUUUUUUAAAACACAAUUAAAAAGUUUCAAAAACAUAACCAAAACACUAGCCAAAAAGCACCAAUUUUGUACUUCGAUGCACUGGGAGUCUUUUAGCCAGUACAGAUUGUCUUUUGGCCCAGGGAAGAUGGUAGAACUCGGUGAACUUAAAGGUGGCCAAGAAAUUGCUUCCAAAUUAGGAGUGGUAAUGUCAGAUGUUGUCUAUUCUGUAAAGUGGCUCAAACACCAUGGCACAGAGUAUCGCCCUGACUUUAUUAUCUGUACAGAAGUAGCAUGUGAGAUGCCAGUGUUUUGUAAGAUCAAGACUAUUGCUGUGAAAGAUGAAAAUGUGCUGUUGUGUGGAACACUUAUGGAAACUGUAUGUUUUGAUGACCAUUACUAUGCUUUUACAGUCAGACUGCAUCCAAACAGAGUUUUUAAGGUAGUGAAUGUUAAUGAGCUGUGUUAUUUCAAACCAUUUGAUCUUCAGAUGAAAUAUGGUACAACAGAUUCUGCACUGCAUGUAGUGCCAUAUUGCCAUUUAAUGCAGACAUGAUGUAUUUUUGUGUAUUUGAAUGUUUCCUGAGCCUGACUCUUGUUUUAAUAAAUGUUUUAAAUGUGA